AUGCAGUCCCUGCCUGGCCGCUUCAUGCUCAUCCAUAGUCGGCUUCGCAGCCUCAGGUCAUACCUCUUCCGGCACCUCAACUUCUAUCGCGUACACCUACUUUUCUUCACCUUCACCCCCAUCGUCUUUUCCGGAAUCAUAUAUGCCUCCAAUGGCGAGUUCCCCGUCGACUACGUCGACUGCCUCUUCAACUGCGUCAGCGCGAUGACUGUCUGCGGGCUCGCCACCGUGGACUUGAGCGGCUUGACGCCUUUUCAACAAGUCCUGCUGUUCAUGCAGAUGUGUCUCGGAAGCCCUGUUGUCAUCUCUUGGAUGAUGGUUUACAUUCGAAGGUCGUUUUUUGCCAACAGGUUCCAGCGCAUCGUAGAGGCCGAGCUCGCGCGCAGGGCAAACCGUUCGGCUCACAUCCCGGUAGAAGUCAAAAUCGAGCCGUGGUGGAAGAGGUUGAUCCAAUCUUUGGCGGAACCGUUGCAUUCGCGUGCACGAUCCCGCCAUGAUACCGACGAGCAUGAGAGCAUCAAGGGGCGCGGAGGGCGGCAAUUGCGGACAGACAUGAUUCGGCGCGUCGAGGGCGCGCCGAAGCUUGUCGACCCCAGUGGCUGGAUCAGCGAAGGAGUUUCUGACAACAAACGCGACUCAUCUGCUGCGCCCGUCACGGAGAGUACUGGGGGCUCUACCAGUGGUCACAAUUCCGACUCGGUUGAAAGCGAUGAAAAGCGAGACAAGUUGCAGACUGAACCCAACGGCGGCGAGCCGUACGUUUUAGGUGGCCAUCCGAUUUUGCGAACGCACACAUUGGGGAAGUCACAGGGUGGACCUCAGUUAGGCCGUACCCAAACGGUGGAGUUCGCUUCUACGCCUGCGGCGGUCAUCGCGGAGCGUCGCUUCAACACGAUCAUUCAAAACCCCUACGAGGAGGAGGCUGAGAUGUACGCGGACGAUGCCCGUCGUUCUUCCUCUCACCCUUCAAUGCCGCGUCGCACGAUGUCGCGACCAACCAUGUCCCGGCCCACAAUGUCUCGACCGACGAUCAGUCGUGUAGGGUCCAUGCCGCGCACUGGCACAAUCCUGACCUCAAGCGGUGCCCCAGCCCCACCGGCGCGGGCCAUCCACCGCGGCUUCGGCGGGUUCCCGAUGCCGCACGUGCUACUCUCACGCUUAUUCGGUCGGGCGUUCCCCGCACUAGAACGCAAGCUCACGCGUACCGUGACUAUCCCGCGUACGCGUACGAUCGCUUCAGAGAGGGGCUACGUGCCUCCGGGUUCUCGUGCAGUGCCGUACAUCACUUUCGAAGCGACUGUGGGACACAACUCGGUCUUCCGGGCUCUCACGCAAGAGCAGCUUGAGGAGCUUGGCGGUGUGGAGUACCGUGGGCUCACGGCGCUGCUGUGGAUUGUGGGCACGUACCACAUAGGUCUUCAACUGUUCGGAUUGACAAUUAUAGCCCCAUACAUGUCGAUCAGCAGAUGGGCGAGCGAUUUUGUUCCUCCUGCACUGCAACGUCCGGUAAACUCGACGUGGUAUUCUCUCUUCCAGGUCGUCUCAUCAUACACGAAUACCGGCAUGUCUCUCGUAGACACCUCCAUGGUUCCCUUCCAGACAGCAUAUCCUAUGAUCUUCGCCAUGAUCUUAUUGAUAUUAGCCGGGAACACUGCAUUCGUAAGUCCACUCGUUCGUUCCUGGAUCUUGUCCAAAAUAGUCCCUAGAAAGUCUCGCCUGGCUGAGACGCUCCAAUUCCUCCUAGACCAUCCUCGACGAUGCUUCGUGUACCUGUUUCCGUCCCACCAGACUUGGUUUUUGUUCACCGUCCUAGUUUUUCUCAACUUCACGGACUGGUUCUUCUUCCUGGUGCUCGACAUCGGCAACCCGGCGAUGGACUCGAUCCCCCUCGGGACGCGGUUUGCCAUCGGCCUUCUCCAAGCUUCGGCCGUGCGUGCUGCUGGCUUUGGGACUGUCUCACUAUCCGUCCUUGCACCUGCUGUUAAGGUACUGUACGUUCUAAUGAUGUACGUUAGUGUCUACCCGGUCGCCAUGAGCGUUCGUUCCACGAACGUGUACGAGGAAAAAUCGCUUGGGGUAUUUAACGACGAAGGGUCGCUGGAGGAAGAGAGCUUCAAUCCUAGCGGGAGCCGUGCUGCGGUGUGGGGUCGGUACCUUGCCAUGCACGCGCGCAGACAGUUGUCUUUCGAUAUGUGGUGGCUCGGCUUGGCUCUGUUCCUCGUCUGCAUUAUUGAGAAAGAUGGUCUCGACGAUACAGCCAACGCCACGUGGUUCAACAUUUUCACCAUCAUCUUCGAGCUUGUCUCCGCCUACAGUUCCGUUGGGCUGAGCUUGGGCAUUCCAACCGAAAAUUACUCGUUCUCUGGCGCCCUUCGCCCCCUCUCCAAGCUCAUCAUAUGCGCCGUCAUGCUGCGUGGCCGCCAUCGCGGUCUUCCCGUCGCGAUCGAUCGCGCCGUCAUGCUCCCGUAUGAGUUCAAGGAGGGCUUCGACGAGUUCGGCGAGGCCCAGGACUUCCCCGGUCCCCGUCCCUCGCGCGAGACCUCUACGAACGGCGGGUUCCCGUCUGACUGGAGAUCCAGCGACUACGCGACGACCACCGACGGGGCUCCGGACGCGGUCUCGCGCGCGGCAAGCGGCCAGCUGGUGGAGAAGGAGAAGCCCGCGGAGGACCUGAACCUGUUGAGCGCGUCCGGGAUCGAUCGUCCGGAGCAAUCGUCCGGGCGCGGGCGGGAUGCGACCCCGCGCAGGCCACGGCGCGGGUCGGUGCUCUUCACCAGCUCUGCGACCGCUGGCCCUGGUGGAAGUGGCGCGGGCGCUGGGGCGGGGACGACGGGGGGCAGCGCGUUGCGCAGCACGAUGGAUGAGCGGACGGAGCGGAUCGUGCACGAGCUCGCGCAGCGGGGUGGGCUCAUGGGUUGA